CCCAGUUAAAUCCCACAAGAGUAGGGUUUGGAGAGGGUGUGUGUACGCAGACCUUGCCCCUACUCGAAAGUAGAGAGGCUGUUUCCAAAGAGACCCCCGGCUCAACGUCGAAAGUUGCAUUGCUUGACUAACUGCUACUUCAUUAAUUAAAGAAGCGCAGACAGUUUAGAGAUCCAUUUUGAUUUAUUCCAUCACACCCCAAAGCCAAAAAAUGGUGAAAUUUUGGCUCCAUCAGAGAUGAUGGAAAGGAUGGGAGAAGCUAGCUAGGGAUAUAUGGGCAAGAUGGGAGUAGAUGCUCUGAUGCUAGUUUGCAUACUUGUGGGUGCCUCCGCCGCCGUGCCGGUGCUGUCCGGGGUCACUUUCGGGCCGGGCGGGGUAGAUCGGUGGUUUGAAAACCUUCCAAAAGCGAAACAAAAGAUAACCAAACUGCACUUCUACUACCACGACAUCGUCACCGGAAACAAGCCAACAGCGUACCAAAUUGCCGAGUCGAAUUUCACCGGCAAAUCCACCACCCGGUUCGGAGCCCUCUCUGUGAUGGACGAUUUGCUGACUGAGACCCCGGAUCCUCGUUCGAAGGUGGUCGGUCGAGGUCAGGGAACCUAUGGGUUCACUGGAGUCGACGAGGUCAGCCUUCUCAUGGUUCUUAACUUCUUUUUCACGGGCGGCGGAGAGUACAACGGCAGCACUCUUAGCAUUCUCGGCCGGAACGCCUAUUACAAUGAAUACCGUGAGAUGCCCAUCGUCGGGGGCACUGGCGUUUUCCGGCUGGCAAGUGGCAUCGCCACCGCGCAGACUAAUUAUUUCAAUCUCACGUCAGAUAACGCCAUUGUUGAGUACAAUCUCGUGGUGUUGCAUUAUGAUUACGAAUAGUGUAAACUCUGUUGCAUCACUUGCUUUCUAAUUUCCCAAUAACUUCAAUUCCUAUAUUUCAAUAACGAGUUAUGCUUUCUAAUUUCCCAAUAACUUUAAUUCCGUGAGAAUGAGGUUAAUUAAGGUCUAUUCAACUU